AUGCGUGUACAGCAACGCCAGACCGAUCAAUCUAUCUUGAAGCAUGUGAAAAAUCUCAAGGAUAUUGAGCUGAUCAACAAUUCAAACAUUUUUAUACAAAGUAAUAUUAACUCGACGGCGCCGACGACAGGCGCAACAAAGGAUAACGGAGACACAACAACAAAUGCAAACAAAAUACUCACUCAUUCACAAAGCAAUCUCAAUUUGCAACCACUGCAAAAUGUUAGUUUUAAUUUAAAUGUAAAUGUCGACGAUGAACAAAUUCACAACAACAGCAACAACCACAUAACGUCAACCAUUAACUCAUCACCAUCACCAUCAACAACAACAACAACAACAGCUACAAACACACAUAAUGCGAUUUGUAACAAUUUACUAAAAACAACAACAACCCACAAUGCGAAUGGUAACAAUUUACUAAAAACAACAACAACAAGAUGUGCACCUUUGGAAGUGCAUAGUGCGAGCGUGCAAUUGAUGAAGCCGCUGGAAGCAGCGGCGAUAGAAGUGCAGCCAAUUGAUAAAUUAGCAGCAACUACAACAAAUUCGACAAUUGUAGACAACAUGUGUACAACAACAACAGUCACUUCAACAACAACACAAACGGCGAGCGGAGAUGAGCGACACCACAAUGAUAGAAUGCAUGACGACCGAAUGAAGGAUAACAACUCCGACUCGGAUUCAGCGCUCUCAUCUGCCCCGCCAUCGAUAAGCCCACAGCCGCCACCGGCGGGCCUGGACACAGCCGAUAUCUGGCAAAUGAUUCGUACCUACAGCACCGACUUGCAGAAGCUGCAGAAAGAUAAUGAAAUAUUGCUGAAGGAAAAUGAACACUUGCAUGCGGAACUGAAUUUGGCCAAGGACCACAUACUCGACGCCGAGAAGUCAACCUUGGAGUUGAAUAAUAAUGCGGCAUUACAACAGCUUAUGCUGCGUAUAAAACAACUUGAGGAGCAAGAGCAUCAGCUGAGCACGGAGGCGGACGAGUUGCGUGAGCAGAAUGAACUGUUGGAAUUCCGCAUACUCGAGUUGGAGGAGAACAAUGACAAGUGGUCACUGCAGAGCCAAGCAACUAGCCCCACUAGUACAACAGACAAGUCUCAAACAGUCACAGCAAACACUGCAAAGGAUAUUUGGACGAGUCGGGAAGAUCCGAUGCAGAUGAUCUUCGGCAAAUGUGGCAACGGAGAGGCAAACAUGAGCUCGGCCAACGCAGCUUCACAUAGUCAGCAACAUGACGAAGAUGAGGUCAAUCUAACGGAUCCCGCCAAUGAAGAGCUACGCCGGCGCAUCACACAAAUGCUAAAGAAGUCGGCGUUAGAUAGCGACGACAGGCACUGCCUACAACAGCUGAUACAAUUGGUGCAGCAUUUGGACUUGAUGGCGCAGCGCAGCGAACCAAACUCGUUAAAUACGACGACGUCGUGUUCCAGUGACGAAGCCAGCAGUUUGGAAAUGGUAAAAUCGCGUAUAUCGGAUUACGGCUCAGCAUCCUCAGCGUCAAGUGCUCGAUCCACGCAUGAAGUCAGCAGCAGCAGCAGCAGCAACCAUUCAAAUACAAAAUCGACCACAAAAUCUGCUGUAUCCGCCACAUCGCCGGCCAACGCCGCACGCAUAGUUGCCACAGUUUCGCCCUACAACAGUUCGCCCCAGCAUCAAGCAGCAUACAGCAAUAAUAACUGUAGUAGCAGUCAGCUGGUGCCCACCAAUACACCAACAGAUUCACCACGCAAGUCACGCCAAGCCUGGCAGAGCAACAGCCUAAGCGAGAGUGGCGUAUUCGUGGAGUCUGAUUUCUUGAGCGACGUCAGUGAGAAUAACGCCUGUACGCAGACCGAUUUCGAGGACGAGAGUGCCGUCGGCUACGCUGCACGGGAUCUCUGCAACGAACUUCAAAAGCUCCAGUGCACUGAUUCGACACGCAAAAGCGGAGUUCACAAUUUACCUGCCCGUUCGCCGAACACAUCUCAAUACUCACCAAAUUUAAGCGAGCAAAAACAAUUGCAGUAUUACAAAGAACGGCUGGCGCUACUUGAAAGCAAAGUACUUAUAUACGAGAGUUCUGGCGAUUUACAGAACAAGCGGUUAGCUGAUCGACUGCAACGUGAAAUUUUAUUGGAGAAGGAAUUGAAGGAACUUAGAGACCGAGUCGAAUUUUUAGAAAGUGAAAAUCUAACGCUUGAGGAGGAAAAGUGUGAAUUCGAAGAGGCUGAAAACGAUACACGUUUACGUCUACAACGGCUGGAGGUGGAGCUGGAAAUACUCAGUCAGCGCAACGUUGAGCUUGAGAUGUCCAGGGAGGCACUAAGUGCCAAGUAUAAAGACUGUCGUUCUGAGUGUUUGAUUUUACGCGAAGAUCUAGGCGUUAGCGAGACGCAGAUUCGUCAUAUUGAAGAAGAUAAGCAGAAAGCCAAAGAAAAUCUUGAGUUAUUACACAAUUUGAUACCCGCAAUUGUAGCGCACUACACCACGCUGGCGUACGCGCAUUGGACGAACAAUCAGACCAACGGCAAGCCAUAUCAACCAGACACAUUGAGCAACACAUAUCAGAUAGAAUUGUGUGCGAACACUGAAAAUAAAAUGGGUAAUGUAAUGCCAAUGGUUACCGAACGCGUAAAUGAUGUACUCCCCGCAUUUUCGGGCAAUCACUUCGAAAACGCAACGCCAAUAGCAAACUUUAACUGCGAAAAUCAAUUCUAUAGAAAUGAAACCCCCGAAGUGCCGAAUUGUGUGUGCCAGUACCUGAAAGAGGAAGUGAAGUGUUUGCGAAAUCAGAUUAAAGAUUUAAACUCACGCCACUACGAAGCCAUGGAAUCAGCUGAUACGCAUUGGGUGGAAUUGGAGCGUCAAUACAAGGAUCGCGAAGAAGCGUACCGUGCCAAGGAGUGCUGCCUUAAGGUGAAAAUACAAAAACUACAGGACUGUCUGCGCGAUGAUGCACGCGCUGCUAAUGAGAAGAUUUGUCAAUUGGAAGAGGCUGAAAGCGAACUGAAGAACUGUCUUGUACGCGUCUCCAAGGAGCACCGCGAUUUGCUAGAUGACAAUGAAUUUAUGCGUUGCGAAUACGAGCGACUGAAGGAGCAGUUAGAUACGUUGAAGGCACAGCAGAAUCCAACUCUAGACCAGCUUGAGCAAGAGAAGAAGCGCAAUAAGACGUUGAAUGAUGAGUUGAGCUUUAUGCGAAAAUUGCAAGCAGAGACCGAGUGUAGGAAUUUAGCUGAAAUGGAAUCACUGCAAGGACAACUGUUUGAAUUAAAAAAGGAAUUCCUGCACAUUGAGGUGACGAACAGUGAGCUCAAAGAAGAAGUGGCAACACUGGAACAGCAAAUUAUUAAACUGCAAAAUAAUGAGAAGGAUUUGGAAGACAAAACUCGAGUACUGCAAGACGAGGUCAAGAGCAAGGAGGAGAUGGUGCAGAAGCUGGAAAAACGCCUAGAACGUUCAGAAGGCUAUAGUUUGGCACAGGAGCUCAGCGGUAGCCCUUCGAAACGUUUCAAACGUGAAGAUGUUAAGGAUCUCAAAACCGCUAGCACGGGUUUAGGGAAUGCAUUGCGUAAUUUCAAGGAAUGUGAGACAAGUCUACCUUCACACCAACAGUUCUCAAGUGUUGCACGCGAUGUCAAACGUUUGGCAGAUAGUCUUCUGCAUGGCGACGCGGCCGACGAUGAGGUAAGCAUUAAAAUAGAAAAUACUAAAGUAGAACUCCAAAAGUCCGAAAGCCCUGAGGCAGAGCUUGUGGCGGACGAUGUAAAUGCUGAGGAGAAUCUUGUGAUUCCCGAAAUAGAUAUUAAGCCAGAAGCUGACGAAAAUGAUGUAGAGCCUGCACUUGGGCAAGAUUUGACGAUUGCAAUGGCUUUGAUGCCACAAUUCGUUAUUGACGAAUGUCUCAUGCCCAUUUUCAUGCCAUCCAAAGAAAAACCCACAUGUGUAAAGCAAAUUAGCGAGGUGCCUUCCGAGCUACGCAUGCUUUCAGCUGAGGCACGUGAGCCCACUAAGAUUUCUGAAACCUUUAAACGACUUUCCUUAGUAACUUCUCAAAGAAACCGUAAACGACGUAUUAAGCGUCGCGUUCUUCAAACUCGCGUACGUCGUAUUGUUUCGUGUUUCAACGCGCGUCGACCCACUCGUUUCCACGACGUCAUUGAUAUUGACAUAAGUCAAUCGGAGGUACUACAACGCUGCGAUAGCUUCCAUUCCUUGCGGGAAGAUCCCCUGGAACCGCAUAACAAAAUAGACGCCUGCACUGAAACUAUUUUCGACAAAAUCGAUAAAGAAACGGAAACUGAAGGCAUCUAUAUAGAGAGUAAGGAGAGCAGUGUGCAGGUGAAUGAUGAUAUGAAUCCCGAAAGGAUACUCGAUUGUGUGCCUUCACAGACGCGCAUGUUCAUCAAUCUACUGAAAACAUCGGUCAUACAAGAUACUUUAGAGGUAACGCAAUUUAAUAAGAACCUACUGAAACGUUGGGAAGCAGAUAAAGAGUUUCGUGACGGUCUGGAGAUAUUGCAAACAUAUUCAGUUUUCGACACCAACAAUAACGAACAAGUAUCUGCCGAGAAUUAUGAGCACUUUGUGAACGCAAUGUCGUGCUUGCAUGUCCUCGAGGAGCUCUUCAAGCCGACUAAGGUGCCGAUCAUGCAACAAAUCGAGGAUCAAAUCAAUGAACAACUUAUGAGCUUCCAUACCAAGCGCAUGGAGUCGGAGUUCUAUUGCACCGUUUACUAUCCGGUGAAAAGAGAAAUUAACUCGGAAAAUACCAAUGAUUAUGAACUGCUCUUGACCAAUCCAAUGUGAAUACCGACGGUCACUGUAGACACUGAGGAUUUGAUUGUGGCACCUUUAAUAAAAGAAAAGAAAAUUUCUGAAAAAUAUAAAUCUGUAAAUAACGAAUGUAUUUGAAAGUAUGUUUGCAUGUGUAUAAUGAGUAUGUACAUACUAUGUAAGAGAUGAGAUCUGUCCUUUAAAUACUACAAAUUUUAACGAAACUUCUAUAACCAAAAACAGUAAGUUCUGGUGUAAACUUGUAAUAAAA